AUGAUGAUUGCAGUUCCUCAGCCUGUCUUCCGUGGCAAACAGACCCCAGACAUUGGAGCGUAUCUCAGCUUCCCCAGGAAAGCCGACGGCGGGCACCCGCAAAAGCGAGGGGCGCCUCCUGGGGAAUUGGGCUUGUGGUGGGAGCUCAAGGAGCCUGACCUCACGGUCAGCGCUGAUGAAUACCAAGAUCUCGUCGUGAACAACGCAGCUCAGCUUUUUGCGCAGGCUCGACAAGCAUUCGAGGACUUCCCCGAUCGGCAGGCGUUCUACUCAAUAUUCUCCGCUGGCCUUGCGUUUACCCUACUUCUGUGGUUCCGCAAAGGGAAGAAACGUUAUCCGUCACGUACUGCCGCGAGCUGGACGCCUGACGCUCAAGCGGAUCUCCGUCAAGAGUUAUUUUGGCAGCUACAAGAUUGGGAGGCAGAUAACGUCGACGACACCCGUGAAGCUACGGGAAACUCGGAAGAAUACAAGAGUAUGGAGGCGGAAUACAAGUCCGAAAUCACGAUCGACUUCCUGGUUGAAAUGGCCCCUAUACCUAUCUACUAUCGUCGGGAGAUGUUCACAGGCGCUGGUCCUGACCGCACACCUUCGCCACAACUAGCCAAGGCACUGCGCAUCGCACACUCAACAACAGAGCUUAGUCUGACGUUCAGAUCACCCUCUCCAUUCGACUUGCCGAAAAACGAGUCUUUGUAUACGCCUGAUAAGAGAUUGAUCGUAUGUGAUCGUGUUCUGCUUGUCCGGACGCUGCUGAGUCCUGACAUCUGGCGCACGUAUAGCAUCAGGGCUGUGUUGCCAUCGCACAGGCAAUCAUAA